AACAACAACAACAACAACAACAAUAACAACAUUCUUGACCAUCCCAAACAUCUGAUGUAGCUGGAUUGUUCUUCCAUAAUCCAGGUAUUCACAGGUGUGAGCGGGAUUGUAUCGUUCUCGAGGUUCUCGAGGCCCAGAAACUGAAGCGAUGAAGGAAAAAGCAGACCUCAACAUGCCUGCCUCGGAGACAACUCCGCUGCUGGUCGUCCAGACUGCUCCCACACGACACCGGUACCCUCAUCAUGCGCUUCGUCGCACAUGCACUGCUCUCCUUUGUCUGGUGCUCUUAGUAGCUGUGACUCUAUUCAUUCUACCAACUAAGCUCUUUCCCCGUGAGGACGGAGCUUCUUGGGUUUACGGACCAUGGUCCAAACCAUAUCCUCAAUCAUGGCCUCAUGGAAGUGGUCUUUCCAACGCAGAACUGCGCGCAGUUUUGCAUGAGACCCCUACGGCAGAGAAGAUUGAAGAAUGGAGUAAAUACUACACGUCCGGUCCACAUUUGGCUGGUGGCAACUUCUCACAAGUGCUUUGGACACAAGAGAAAUGGAAGGAGUUUGGUGUCGAGGACACAACUAUUGCUAGCUACGAUGUCUACAUUAACUAUCCGCUAGAUCAUCGGCUUGCGCUCUUGAAGAAAAAGGGAUCUGAUAAUUAUGAAGUCACUUAUGAGGCCAGUCUAGAGGAGGAUGUUUUGGAUGAGGACGGUACAAGUGGCUUGCGAAAUCGUGUUCCAACAUUCCAUGGCUAUUCAGCUACAGGAAACGUCACUGCUCCAUUUGUAUAUGCAAACUUCGGUACCUAUCAGGACUACCAAGACCUGAUCGACGCAGAUAUCUCCGUCAAAGGCAAGAUAGUGAUUGUCAAGUAUGGCGGGAUCUUCCGUGGCCUCAAGGUGAAGCGUGCACAGGAAUUAGGUGCCGUUGGCGUGGUGAUAUAUUCAGACCCCCAAGAAGAUGGCGAUAUCACGGAGUUGAAUGGGUAUGAAGCAUACCCUGCUGGGCCUGCUAGGAACCCAAGCGCAGUUCAAAGGGGCAGUGUCCAAUUUCUCAGCAUUGCACCGGGUGACCCAACCACUCCUGGUUACGCAUCGAAGCCUGGAGUCGAGCGACAGCCUCCAGAGCAUUCUAUUCCAUCCAUCCCAUCUCUCCCAAUCUCAUACACUGACGCAUUGCCACUUCUUAAAGCCCUCAAUGGCCACGGUCCCAAAGCAGCUGAUUUCAAUGACUUCUGGCAAGGUGGCGGCUUAGCUCAUAAGGGCGUCGACUACAACGUCGGACCGACUCCUGAUGAUGUGGUUAUCAACCUACACAAUAAUCAAGACUAUGUUACAACUCCUCUGUGGAAUGUUAUUGGUGUUAUCAAAGGUGCUAUUCCAGACGAGGUGGUUAUCUUAGGUAACCAUCGCGACGCCUGGGUUGCAGGUGGCGCCGGUGAUCCCAACAGCGGCUCAGCCGCGCUCAACGAAGUCGUCCGAAGCUUUGGCGAGGCUCUGAAGGCAGGAUGGAAACCUCUUCGGACGAUCAUAUUUGCUAGCUGGGACGGCGAAGAGUAUGGUCUUAUCGGAUCCACCGAGUGGGUGGAGGAGAAUUUGCCUUGGCUCUCGGUCGCAAAUGCUGUAUACAUUAAUGUUGAUGUAGCAGCCACUGGUCCGAACUUCGAUGUCAGUGGCAGUCCCCUACUCAACAAGGCCGUGUACGAAGUCACGAGCACAGUUCAGUCACCCAACCAGACCGUCAAGGGCCAGUCAGUAUUGGAUGUUUGGGGCGGUUACAUUUCCUCACUUGGCAGUGGAAGCGACUUUACGGCUUUCCAAGAAUUUGCUGGUAUCCCUAGUGUCUCUUUUGGAUUUACAGGAGGGAAGACUAAUGCCGUCUACCAUUAUCACUCUAACUACGAUAGCUUUGACUGGAUGAGACGAUUUGGUGACCCCGGUUGGAAGUACCAUCUCACCGCUGCCAAGAUAUUUUCACUGAUGGGCGCCUACUUUUCUGAAAAGCCAGUUUUGGGCUUCAAUGCCACGGACUACGCGGUCAAUCUCCAGAAAUAUGUGGAUAGACUCAAGUCGCAUGCAGACAACCUUCCCAAAAAAAGCCAUUUCAGCUUUGGACCAUUAGAAAGGUCGAUUUCCAGCCUCUAUGAUGCAGCGGUGGAAUUUGAUGCAUAUGCGGCCAAGAUUGAGUCCGAAUUAGGUAAAGAACAGCCAUGGUACCACUGGUGGAAAAGGCUACAGCUGUGGCUCAAGGUCCGCACUAUCAACACUAAGUACAAGAUAUUGGAGAGGAAAUUUUUGUACGAGAGUGGAUUGGACGGACGGCCCUGGUUUAAACACGUUGUCUUUGCUCCGGGUCUUUGGACCGGUUACGCAGGGGCGACUUAUCCAGGUCUGGUCGAGAGCUUGGAUGCGGGUAAUAUCACAAAUGCGGUACGAUGGAGUCAGAUUAUCCAAGACCGGAUUGGUGAAGCGACUAAGCUGCUUGGAUAGACAGUCAGCGCGAUAUGUUGAACGUCAUGAUUUUGCAGGAUAAAAGAUUAAAUGGAGACGUUGAAGUCAUUCUGAGUUUGAGGUUGUAUAUAAGGUCUUCUACCGACGGUUGAUAAGUCGCUAUGUAUCCAAGCUGGAAAUAGGCUGUAGAUGAUUGCUUGAAUAUAGGCCAAAUUU